GUUCUCGGACUAGUACUACACCAUACGGCCAAGUGCUGAAAGAUAUGGCUCCACGCUAGCAUUUACAAGAAACUAUUUAUGUAGUUCACUCUACGUGAACCUGUUUCAUUGUACGAUUCUACGGUGAAGUUUAUACUUGUCGAUCCGAGAUAGACAGGUGACUCUAUACACAAUAAGCUUUUUAGACUUAACAUUAAAUUUACUGUCUUCGUCAUAAUGUUUUGUUAUAAUAAAACCUGAAUUUUAAUUUACGUAAUUUCAGUACUUGAUGGGCUGCGAAUAAUAUUUUUGACGUGAUGUAUGUGUUUCGCAUGCACGUUCAUUUACAAGAGCGAUAAAAAUAGAAGGACAAAUUAGCCAUGGACAAGGAUAGUUGUUCAGAAUCAUACCUUCCUCACCGAUUUCAAUGAUUUUUAAAUAUGUUGUAGAGGGUGUGAUUCUGAACAACUUUUUUCUAUACAUGUAACCUCCGCUCGGGCCCUGGUUUCCGAGAUAUUCACAAAAUACCGUCAGUACCACGAUAUCCAGUUGUUGCAGGUUUUUUUGAUUAAAAAAUUACUGAAAACAAAAAUUUGGUCUAUUAGAAGCACUUAGAGCUUUAUAGGGCUUAACUCAUAUUUUCAUUAUGUUAUACUCAUUAUAUAUUCCCUUAUUUAUCGAAAUAAUUAAAUUAAAACUUUCCUGAUAUUUGAGCGCGGUAGAAACUAGUAGUUUCUUGACCGCCAUCUUUGUGACGUCAACGUGUCUAGUACAUGGUCGUAUAUACAGACCUGGACACUUCAAUGGUAGGGUAAGGCUCUUACCGACCGGACGAUGUUGGUCAAUUUGUCCACAGUAAGGCGUCCCGAUCUAUUUGUUGGGAUUCGUUGCACAGCGCGAUCUUGUGUCUCCAAUAACAAGGGUGACAACAGAACUCUUGUUCGCAUACCUUAAACGCCAAAGACUAAGCACCGAUAGAUAUAAAUGUUCUUAGUAAUUAUGUCGGUAAAAUAGCAAAACGUCGGUAGGCCAACGUCAUCUACUUUAUAAUUCUAUAGCUUGUCGGUGAUAUAAUCACUGACGAAUUAUCUACAAUAAUUUCUAUGUUCGCCGUAGAAAAUCGCAAAGGGCGUAAGAAACUCUGUUUUUCUUGGCAGAUCAUGGAACAUCAAGUUCUAUAAGAUGAAAGGUCUAAUCUGUACCUCGUCUAUGGUUAUACCUCGUCUUAAAUUAAACGUUAUUAAUAAAAAUAACUUUUUUAAAAAUGAGCAAAAGUGAAAACUUUAUUAAAAAAGGCACCACUAUUCUUACCGCCAAACCAUUUGCUUAUGUCCUUUGUUCAAAAUAUAAAAAUGUCCGGUGUGAUUAUUGCUUUAAAAGUGGAAAACUCUUUAGAUGUUCUGCCUGUCAGUAUGUUUAUUAUUGUAAUCAAUCUUGUCAACAAAUGUCCUGGCCCAUGCAUAGUAAAGAAUGUGCAAGAUUAAAAAAAUUUUCACCAUGGGGUAUAUCAAAUGUUGCAAGACUAAUGGCACGUAUAAUUAUAAAAUUAAAUCAAGGGGGAGAUGAAGAAAGAGGAUAUUAUAAUGAAACUAGUUAUAGGAAAUUUAAGGACUUAAUGUCUCAUUGUUCUGAGAUAAAAAAGGAUGAGAAAAAAAUGGAACAUUUUGUAUGCUUAUGUAAUGUUUUACAUAAAUUUCUUGAAGAUAUGCCUAUACCAAGUACUGCAGAAUUAUUGGGUAUUUAUGGCAGAAUUACUAUUAAUUCUUUUAGUAUAUUUAAUUUGGAUAUGAAUAUUGGUGUUGGUAUUUAUUUGGGACCUUCUAUUCUGGAUCAUAGUUGCAAACCUAAUGCUGUAGCAACCUUUGAGGGAACUACCAUAACUGUUAAAGCAAUAGAAGAUCUUCCUUCUUUAGAUUUGUCUCAGAUAAGGAUACCAUACAUCGAUGUAAUUAAAACAACAAGAGAUAGACGUGCAGAACUACAAAGUUCGUAUUAUUUUUGGUGUGACUGUGAAAAAUGUGAAAAACCAGAACCAAUGGCAGAAGCAGCAGCAUGUCCAAACAAACUUUGUACAUAUCCUUGUGCCCCGAAUGCUGAUUUAUGUGAAAAGUGUAAUACAAAGUUCCCAGAAAAUUUUAAAGAAAUUUUUGACGAAAUAUCUGAGUUUACUGCAUACCAUUUAGAAAAUAUGAAGAAUAUUGCCUAUCUGGACGUAAGCAAAAUGUGUCUCUCAAGACAAGAAGGCGUUUUACAUCCUCUCAAUGUGCAGUAUGUACAGACUUUACAAACUGCUUUUGACUCCUCUAUAAAUUUGCAACAUUGGGAAGAAGCUGAAUCCUAUGCUAAAAAACUUAUUAAUGGCUAUUUAACAUAUUAUGGAGAAAUUCAUCCGUCAACUGGAAUACUUUAUUUAUCAAUAGGAAAACUUGAGGUAUAUUUGAAAAAGUUAAAACAAGCUAUCAAAACGUUAAGAAAGGCUAAUUUGAUAUUAACAAUAACACAUGGAGCACAACAUAGUGUAAUAGUAGAAAAUUUGAAACCACUUCUUUAUCAAGCCACUAUGGAAGACUUCAGUGAAUCAUAACAUUUUUUAUGUCGAUAAUUUAUAAUUGUAUAUAAUAUAUUAACAAUAUACAAUUUACAAUAAAUAAUUUUAGUAUUUAA